CAGAUAAUAGAGGCUAUAAUAAUAGACCCCAUCAAAAAAGUGGGUUGGAAAAAAAAAACGAAACGAAUAAUAAGGAAAUUCGCGUUUCCUUGUAGAUCUGCCUACUUUUCGGUUCCUCCAUCAAAAUCUCCUCGUCGUCCUCCUCCUCGUCGGGCUCAAACGGUCCUCCCAGGUCAGCUUCGAUUCUUCUCUGGAUUUCAUUUCCUCCUUGAUAUAGGGUUCAGCAGAUUCCCGUCUACUUCUAGAUCCGCACACUUUUCGCCUCCCUCCACCAGUUCUCUUCCUUCUUGAGCUUCAACAGUUCUCCUUGGUUGUUAAUUGAAUGGAGGGAGUUGGAGGUGGCAGUGCUUCGGCUGCUGCACCUGUAAACCAGGGGGUGCAGGACUUUAUGAGGCUCUUUCAAUAUUAUCUGGAUAAAACUACUCCUCAUGCUACGUAUAGAUGGAUUGGGACUUUGGUUUUGGCAUUACUGUAUGCUUUGAGGGUUUAUUAUGUCCAGGGAUUCUACAUCGUGUCAUACGGUCUGGGAAUCUAUUUGCUCAAUCUGUUGAUUGGGUUUCUGUCCCCUUUGGUUGAUCCAGAACUGGAACCUUCAGAUGGACCUCUGCUGCCAACAAAAGGUUCUGAUGAGUUCAAACCUUUCAUUCGCCGGCUUCCUGAAUUUAAGUUCUGGUAUUCUUUCACAAAAGCUUUCUGCAUAGCUUUUGUCAUGACCUUCUUUUCUGUAUUUGAUGUUCCUGUCUUUUGGCCUAUAUUACUCUGUUACUGGAUUGUUCUGUUCGUCCUUACCAUGAGGCGCCAAAUUGCACACAUGGUCAAAUACAAAUACGUCCCAUUCAACAUCGGAAAGCAGAAGUAUGGCGGUAAGAAGCCUUCUGCAAGUAGCAGUGGAUCUCGUGCAGAAUGAAGCUAGGCUGUUGCAUGCUUGGAAGGAUACUCAUUUACUGGAUUGAGGAGAAGGGUUAGGAUUUGUGAACAUUUAGGGUAGCUGAUUUUCCCCCCCUUUUUACUUGAAGGAUUGUGUUUUGCAGACUAUAAUGGGGUGCCAAUACGCAGUCACAGAAAAUUGGAUUAUGUUAUGUCCACUUAGUUUUAUGAUACCAGAAGAUAUGCUAAUGUUGGCACUUGGCAGUAAACUUCAUUGUUUAUACAUAUCAUCAUUUAAUCCAAUUUUGAAUAUUAGUGCUAAUCUCUCUUCUUGAUGAAAUACUUCAGCAGAAUCCCUUUAAUACGAAGAUUUUUUUGGUUGCUGCU